CAGCCGGGGCCGCAGGAGCGCGCUGCUCGCGCCCGGGGCGGGGGGGCGGGGGUGCCGAGCCGGCGGCGGGCGCGGCCUGCAGCCUGGGCUGGGGGGAGCUGACCUGAUUCCCGGGCACCCUCGCUCCCUCCUCCUCCCCCCUCCGCCUCCUCUCCCUGCCGACGUCCUCGCUCCCCGCACCCCACCCCCUCCCCUGCAUCUCUCUCCCCCAUCCCCCCAUCCCCCCCGAUCGGCGGCUGCGAGGAAACAAAGAGCGCGCGGGGGGCUCUCCAGGCGUGCGCUCCGGGUAGCCCCCCCACCCCACCGCCAUCCCCGGCCCCUCCCGGCGCGCCCCCCGCGCCUCCCCGCCCGCAGGAAGGCGACCGGGGCUCGGGAUGGCUCGCGCCGGGCUCUGCGCGCUGCUGGCCGCCGUCUGCAGCGGCUGCUGCUGGGCGCCCGGGGCCGCGCUGGCCGCGGCGGCCGGCGGCGACGUGGACGCGUCCAAGGAGCUCGAGUGCAAAGUGAAGAGCAUCACCGUGUCGGCGCUGCCGUUCCUGCGCGAGAACGACCUGAGCAUCAUGCACAGCCCGUCGGCCGCCGAGCCCAAGCUGCUCUUCUCCGUGCGCAACGACUUCCCCGGCGAGAUGGUGGUGGUGGACGACCUGGAGAACACCGAGUUGCCCUUCUUCGUGCUCGAGAUCUCGGGCAACACCGAGGACAUCCCCUUGGUGCGCUGGAGGCAGCAGUGGCUGGAGAACGGGACACUGCUGUUCCACAUCCACCACCAGGACGGGGCCCCCAGCCUCCCCGGCCAGGACCCCACGGAGGAGCCCCAGCACGAGUCUGCGGAGGAGGAGCUGCGGAUUCUGCACAUCUCCGUCAUGGGCGGCAUGAUCGCUCUGCUGCUGUCCAUCCUGUGCCUGGUGAUGAUUCUCUACACGCGGCGCCGCUGGUGCAAGCGCCGCCGGGUGCCCCAGCCCCAGAAGAGCGCCAGCGCCGAGGCGGCCAACGAGAUCCACUACAUCCCGUCGGUGCUGAUUGGCGGGCACGGCCGCGAGAGCCUGCGCAAUGCGCGCGUGCAGGGCCACAACUCCAGCGGCACGCUGAGCAUCCGGGAGACGCCCAUCCUGGACGGGUACGAGUACGACAUCACCGACCUGCGCCACCACCUGCAGCGGGAGUGCAUGAACGGAGGGGAGGACUUCGCCAGCCAGGUCACGCGCACCCUCGACUCCCUGCAGGGCUGCAACGAGAAGACGGGCAUGGACUUGACUCCAGGAAGUGACAACGCCAAGCUGUCGCUGAUGAACAAGUAUAAAGAUAAUAUCAUCGCCACCAGCCCCGUGGACUCCAGCCACCAGCAGGCCACGCUCCUGUCCCAUACCUCCACCACCCAAAGAAAGCGAAUCAACAAUAAAGCGAGAGCUGGUUCCGCCUUCCUGAACCCCGAAGGGGAUUCCGGCCCCGAGGCAGAGAAUGACCCGCAGCUGACCUUUUACACCGACCCCUCUCGGAGCCGAAGGCGCAGUCGAGUUGGCUCCCCCCGCAGCCCCGUAAACAAGACCACCUUGACGCUCAUCAGUGUCACCAGCUGUGUCAUCGGCCUCGUAUGCGCGUCCCAUGUCAGCUGUCCGCUCGUGGUGAAAAUCACCCUGCACGUCCCCGAGCACCUGAUCGCCGACGGCAGCCGCUUCAUCUUGCUCGAGGGGAGUCAGCUGGACGCCAGCGAUUGGCUGAACCCGGCGCAGGUGGUCUUGUUCUCUCAGCAGAACUCCAGCGGGCCCUGGGCCAUGGACCUGUGUGCCCGGCGCCUCCUGGACCCCUGUGAACACCAGUGUGACCCCGAAACCGGCGAGUGUCUGUGUUACGAAGGUUACAUGAAGGACCCAGUUCACAAGCACCUCUGCAUUCGGAACGAAUGGGGUGCCAACCAGGGGCCCUGGCCCUACACGAUAUUUCAGCGCGGUUUUGACCUGGUAUUGGGAGAACAACCUUCCGAUAAAAUAUUCAGGUUCACGUACACUCUGGGCGAGGGCAUGUGGCUGCCUCUCAGUAAGAGCUUCGUGAUCCCCCCCGCGGAGCUGGCCAUCAACCCCUCGGCCAAGUGCAAGACGGACAUGACCGUGAUGGAGGACUCGGUGGAGGUCCGGGAGGAGCUGAUGGCCUCGUCGUCCUUCGACAGCCUGGAGGUGCUGCUGGACUCCUUCGGGCCUGUGCGCGACUGCAGCAAGGAGAACGGCGGCUGCAGGAAGAACUUCCGCUGCAUCUCCGACCGCAAGCUGGACUCCACGGGCUGCGUGUGCCCCUCCGGACUCAGCCCCAUGAAGGACAGCUCUGGCUGCUAUGACCGCCACAUUGGGGUGGAUUGUUCUGAUGGCUUCAACGGCGGCUGCGAGCAACUCUGUCUCCAGCAGAUGGCGCCCUUCCAGGACGACCCCGCCCUGUACAACAUCCUUAUGUUCUGCGGGUGCAUCGAGGAUUACAAGCUGGCGGUGGACGGGCGCUCCUGCCAGCUCAUCACGGAGGCCUGCCCGGAAGGGGGGGACUGUGGCGAGAGCCGGGAGCUCCCCAUGAACCAGACGCUCUUUGGGGAGAUGUUCUUUGGUUACAACAACCAGUCCAGGGAGGUGGCUGCGGGCCAGGUGCUCAGAGGAACGUUCAGGCAAAACAACUUUGCUCGAGGGAUAGACCAGCAGCUGCCUGACGGCCUCGUAGUAGCCACGGUCCCCCUGGAGAACCAGUGCCUGGAGGAGAUCUCCGAGCCCACCCCGGACCCCGACUUCCUGACAGCAAUUACGGAUCCCAGCGCCACAGCCCCGCCCACCCCACCCCCGCCUUUCUGCCUCCCUCACGUUCUCUCCAUGUCCCUCCCGGCAGGCAACUCCCCAUCGGACGAGUCGGAGGAGCGGGAGAGGGACCCCAAGGUGCUGACAUUCCCUGAGUACAUCGCCAGCCUCUCCGAGUCGGGGACCAAGCGCAUGGCAGCCGGCGUGCGCCUGGAGUGCCGGAGCAAAGGCCGGUGCCCCUCCUCCUGCCCCCUGUGCCACGUGCCAGCCAGCUCAGACACGCCUGCUGAGCCGGUUCUGUUGGAGGUCACCAGAGCAGCCCCCAUCUACGAGCUGGUGACCAACAACCAGACUCAGAGGCUCUUGCAGGAGGCCACCAUGAGCUCUCUGUGGUGCUCGGGGACCGGUGACGUGAUCGAAGACUGGUGCCGAUGUGACUCCACGGCCUUCGGAGCCGACGGGCUCCCCACCUGUGCACCCCUGCCCCAGCCCGUGCUCAGGCUGUCCACGGUCCACGAGCCCAGCAGCACCCUGGUGGUCCUGCAGUGGGUCCACUCGGAACCUCUCAUUGGGGUGCACAUCGUCGAUUACCUCAUCCGCCAGGAGAAGGUCACGGAUAGGAUGGAUCACUCCAAGGUGGAGACAGAAACGGUGCUGAGCUUCGUGGACGAUAUAAUUUCCGGUGCCAAGUCACCCUGUGCCAUGCCUGCCCAGGUGCCAGACAAGCAGCUCAGCACCAUCUCCCUCAUCAUCCGGUGCUUGGAGCCCGACACGCUUUACAUGUUCACCCUGUGGGGUGUGGACAACACGGGCCGCCGCUCCAGGCCCAGUGACGUCAUUGUGAAGACCCCCUGCCCCGUGGUGGAUGACGUCAAAGCCCAAGAGAUCGCAGACAAGAUUUACAACCUUUUCAAUGGCUACACCAGCGGGAAGGAGCAGCAGACGGCGUACAACACCCUCCUGGACCUGGGCUCCCCCACCCUGCACCGGGUCCUCUACCACUACAACCAGCACUACGAGAGCUUCGGGGAGUUCACCUGGCGAUGCGAGGAUGAGCUGGGCCCCAGGAAAGCCGGCCUCAUCCUGGCCCAGCUCGGGGACCUGAGCAGCUGGUGCCACGGGCUUCUGCAGGAGCCCAAGAUCAGCCUGCGCCGCAGUGGCCUCAAGUACCUAGGCUGCCGCUACAGCGAGAUCAAGCCCUACGGCCUGGACUGGUCCGAACUCAGCCGGGACCUCAGGAAGACGUGCGAGGAGCAGAGUCUCAGCGUCCCCUACAACGAGUACGGGGACAACAAGGACAUCUAGACAUCUAGCGCUGCCCGCCGCCGCGGUGGCCAGCAGCAGCGCCCCAGGGGGUGGGCGCGGGCGGGGGCUCCGGACUCACUCGCGGGACAGAGGGCAGGGGGCGCUCGGACCCCCGCCAGCCCCCCUCCCCAUGAGGUUAACCUGCAGCCACUUUACAUGACACCCCAGUGUCACGGGGGGCUCCUGCCGGGCUCGCUACAGCACUGUUUCCUCCCCCCCCCUUCCCCACCAGCCCUCAUUAAGACGUUCAUUGUCAUGCUCAAGUGUCUGUCGUGGCCCGAACCCCCAAGUUCAUGCACCGUGCACCAUGCACGUGCACGGUGGCGCCUGAUUAGAACCCGCGCUCGGAGCCGGUGCCUGCAGGGAAAGCCGAGGAGGAGCCGGGGGCCCCCAACCCCGUGUGCACCUCAUGGUCCCUCCGCCCUUCUGAUCACUCUCACCCCUGGCGGGGGAACCCAGCCUACCCUUGGGUGGCCGGGGACCCUGCCCCACCCAGCAUCGCUGAAACGGGUCGAACCCUCCUGAUGGGUUCUGUUCUCCUGGGACACUCUGGACCGUGCUCCGCCGGAGAUGGGGCCACGGGAACAUUCUGGAAAGGGAUCGAGUGAUUUGGGGCCCCAGGUGGAGGGCGGGUUUGGGUUCUGUGGGCCCCACAUGCUUACCUGUGCACAGGGCGCGUGGCCAAAUGCCCCCUUUGCCCUGUGUGGGGGUCAGCUCCUCCUACCUUGUUGUUUUGACCCCUACCCCUACCCCCUCCCCCACCCACUCAGCGCCUUGUGAAACUCACUUGAUUUUGCGUCUGGUUUUGCAAAUCCCUUCUCAGGAAGUGGCCCUGGGGCCGGAAGGAGCAACGAUUCUAAGCACAGGAGGGUUCUUCGGCCACCCUCCCUGUCCCUGGUGCUCUUACCAAAUGAAAGGGGACAGUCACUGUCACUCCUCUUCCUCGCUCCUGUUCUCCCACUGCCACGACCCUCGCCUCGUUCUCUGUCGCCGACCGGCCCUGCUGCCUCCUCCACAAAGCUCUCCACCCCCGGGGGUGCACCAUGCACAGCUUCACAUGCAUGUUCUUGCACAUGCAUGCACACGCCAUGCAUUGCGUCCAUCAUAACAUAGCAGGCAUACCACACACUAAAAAGGUGGCGCAUGCACACACUCCAUACGGCGGCCUUCCUGUGUAUAGUACACAUGCAGUAUGCAUGGCAAAAUACAUACCCCGCACAAAGCAUGCAAACUGCACAUACUACAUGGCACCCUGCCUCCAGAUACACAACAUUCUCCUUUCAUGAUGACACAUGCAAAAUACACGUAUGCCCAGUACACACAGCCACAAAUUCCAAACACUACACAUGCAUGAUACAUGCUACAUUGCACCAUACACGCUGGACUUACACAUACUGUAUACACCCAGGUGUGAUACAUAUGUUGUGCUCUCCAUACAAGCUACGCAUGCACAUGUGAUGUCUACACCCUUACAUUAUUCAUUCAUGCCUUAUGUACAAUACACAUAUCACAUACUAUGCAUACUGUGUACACUCUACAUGUGUGAUGCACACUACAUACACUCUACAUGCAUGACAUACAUGAAUGCUGUAAACACUCCAUAUUCUCCAUGCAUACUACAUGCACUAUACGCAUAUAUACACUUUGUGUACUGUGUAUACUCUACAUGUGUGAUAUACUCUACAUAAACUCUACAGCAUAACAUACAUACAUAGAGGCUGUAAACUCUCCAUAUUAUCCAUGCAUGCUCCAUGCUCUAUACACAUACAGUGCACACUAUGUACACUCUACAGGCAUAACAUAUAAAUGCUGUACGCACUCAUAUUAUUCAUGCAAACUACACGCCCCUAUAUAUACUUUAUACACAUUACAUGUGAAACAAGAUAUGUGCAGUCUACAUACAUGCUAUAGACAGCACAUGCUUGUAUACACCCCAAAAUAAACAUGUAUGACAGGCACCACAUUCACCACAUUCCUAUGACACUGCAGACACGUGCUGCCCACAUGCUCUACAUGCAUGAUUCAUGCACAUGCUCCCAUGCGCCCCCACCUCAAGUGCAGGGUCCACUUCCGGGUCAAGACCCACAAGACAGGGGCUGGACGUGGCCUCAGGACCCCCCAGAACACACCGGGAGCCAUCCUGAGGGAGGGGCGCCCCUGAGCAGUACUGCACCCCGAGUUUCCAAGCUGCCACACAGUCCUGCAAUGACCUUCCUCCCCCGGCACCACCAAACCGGCUGGGAUUGCCCCGGAGCACUCAGCUUCUCGGGGUUCUGGGAACUGUGCCGGAGCAGAGCCAAGCCCGCAGUUUCCAGGAACCCCCCGCCCAGUUCCUGUGGAGACCCAGAGGCCCCCUCACCGAGCCCCUCCACGGCGGGGCCCAGGCUGUGUGGCCCCCUGAGAACUCACCCCUAUGCCAAUCUCCAACCGGGUAACCGACUCCGUAAUAAACACAGUGACCCCGGGCCCUGCGGGUCGGACUAUAUGGCGGUACCCAAGGUGACCGGCGACAACCCUCGGGCACCCAGAGACUUGAGCACCCAUCACCCCAACCAGCCCGCAGCCCUGAAGGGCGACGGAGUCUCCCCCUUGGGGCCACGUCCUGCCACUCUGGGGGCACCGGCUGAUGCAGGGGUUGAGGUGGCAGUAGGGAGGCAGGGGGUCUCCUGUGAUUGAACCAGGGUGCGCUUACCUGGACAGGGGCAGUGCCAGAGAGCUCGGGGUGCCCAGUGGGUGAGCGCGGCCCUCCGGGAACCACGUCCAGGGUCAUGUCCACUGACUUAACGUGCGGCGUCCGCCAAGCCUCCUGUGGCUUCCUCCCCCCCCCCUCCCCCGCCCCCAGCAGCCAGACCCCUCUGGAUGGGUCUCUCUGAGCCAGAAAUUCUGCCCCUGGGUCCCGGACAGUGUCCACGGGCUGAAGACAGGCACGGCGGAGUCUGGGUUCCCCACUCAGCACCGCAUGGGCCCCUCGGAUUUGCGCCUGCUGGGAGCAAAUCCCAAACAACGAAGCCUGGAGUAGCCCCCGGGCAUGGUGACCAUGUGCCCAGGAUGGACAAACGCUCUCCCGCUCUGAGUCUGAGACCAAUAAAUGAGCACCGUAUCCUGCG